AGACCGGUCUCACCUGGAGGAUUGAUCCCAGAUAUGAGGAUCUGUUUCUGGGCUGGAGCUCGCCACCUCCUGCCUGUGCUGGUUCUUUUGGCAGUCCUAAAUGUCGAAGCGAGCCAGCAUCAACCCAAGGAGAGGCACUACUACGUUGCUGCCGUGGAGAUAAACUGGAACUACUCCGGCGAUGACCAGAACAGGUCUGGUCCCACCUACAAGAAAGUGGUGUUUCGGGAAUAUGACAGAGACUUCCGACAAGCCAAGACUCAUCCAUCUUCGCUGGGUCUGCUGGGACCCACGCUGCGGGCGGAGGAGGGAGAGACGAUCGUCCUGACUUUCAGAAACAUGGCGAAUGGGGUGUACAGCAUCCACCCACACGGGGUGGCUUAUGGAAAACAGUCGGAGGUGGCCAACUACUUCAACAACACGUCACUAAAAGAAAAAGAGGACGACUUAGUGCUCCCGGGGCGUGAUUAUGUUUACUCCUGGGAAGUGACGCCAGAAGUUUCCCCAGGGCCAGAGGAUCCCAACUGUCUCACCUACACCUACGUCUCUCACCAAAACGUGGUCCAGGACUACAACUCCGGCCUCAUCGGCGCUUUGCUCAUCUGCAAACCCGGGAGUCUGGAUGAGUCAGGAAAGCAGGUCGGCAUCCACGAGGAGCACGUAUUCCUCUUCAGCGUUUUUGAUGAGAAGCACAGCAUGUAUAGUCCAAAUGGACCCGCCCUGGACAACCACCUCAAAUACACAAUCAACGGAUACACAAAGGGCUCACUGCCUGACGUCAGCAUGUGCGCUCAUGCGCCCCUGAGUCUGCAUCUGAUCGGUAUGAGCUCCGAGGCCGAGCUGUUCUCCGUGCACAUGAAUGGGCAGGUGCUGACACAGGACGGCCACAAAGUGUCCACGGUGGGGCUGAUAAGUGGCUCCACGGCCACCGCCGCCCUGGUGGCGCUCCACCCAGGCCGCUGGCUGCUCUCCUCGCACACGUUCAAGCACAUGGAAGCUGGCAUGCAUGGCUUUGUGGAUGUGAAGAAGUGUGAAGGCUUUCAGGAACCCGUGAGAAGGUUGACCCUCUCACAAAAACGAGAUAGCACCGUAUGGAAGUACUACAUAGCUGCAGAGGAAGUUGUCUGGGACUACUCACCCAACAUCCAGGAACACAUCGACAAGGACAUCAAGCUCCAGUAUCUGACACAGUCGCCCACUCGCAUUGGGAAGAAGUACAAGAAGGCGUUGUACACGCUGUACACGAACGAGUCAUUCACUGAAAAGUUAGAGGACAAGCAAAGGAAAAAUGAACUUGGUAUAUUAGGCCCGAUAAUCAGAGCACAAAUCAGAGACGUAAUCAAGAUCACCUUCAAGAACAUGGCCUCCAGGCCCUACAGCAUCUACCCACACGGACUGUCCAUAGAGAAGUCAGAGGAAGGAGCCAACUAUCCAGAGGGAGGAAACCAGUCACAUGCUGUUCAGCCGGGGGAAACGCAUACUUAUGUGUGGAAAGUGCUCGAGGAAGACCAGCCUUCAGAUUCAGACUCCCGAUGUCUCACACGGAUGUACCACAGUGCAGUGGACACACCGCGCGACAUCGCAUCCGGACUGAUAGGACACAUCCUCAUCUGCAAGAGCAACUCCCUCAAUUCCAGGAAUGUGCAGGUGAAUCCAGACAAGGUGCAGCACGCCAUAUUUUCUGUGUUUGAUGAGAACAGGAGCUGGUACUUGAAUGAAAACAUCCGCCGGUAUUGUGAUCACUCCAAAGUCGACACAGCGGACAUGAACUUCUACAAGUCCAACGUCAUGCACACAAUAAACGGUUAUGCCUUUGAGAGUGGGCCAAUUUUAGGCUUCUGCAACGGUGAGGUUGUAACGUGGCAUGUCUCCAGUGUCGGAGCGCAGGACUAUGUCCAGAACGCUACUUUCUACGGCCACCCCUUUAAGCUGAACGAGAGGACAGAAGACUUCCUCAGCCUGUACCCUAUGACUGGCGAGACCAUCACCAUGCUCAUGGACAACAUUGGUGUCUGGCUCGUGGCUUCCAUGAACACCAACCAGACAACUAAAGGGAUGCGUAUCAAGUUCAAAGAAGUUGUGUGCUAUCGCGACUACGAAUACGAAUAUGAAAAUACACACAAUGCCGUUUUUCUCACAAACAAUUCUACAGUUUACAAUGCCACAGGAUCAUUAGAUGUUGUAAAUGUAUCUGCUGAUAUCACCAAUUGACAGUAGCAAUAUCACAGGAAACUUCCAAUCUAACAGCUGAAGUGCAAGAAUCUACCGAUCCAGAUGUAGGACUGCCAGGAAAUACGACUUCCAUGUCAGGAAACGAAACAACGAUCGCAACGCUGCCUGGUGAUAGGCAGUCCUCUGUGGAUGUAACCGUGUCUUUCUCUUUUGACCAGGAAGGUUAACUUUAUUGCGCACAUUAAGCUUUGUAAACUCAGCAAAUGUAGCGUCAUUAGCGUAAUAGCCUCACGGUUCCUCACACAAACAAGACCUAAAGAAAUUACACACAGCUUUUCUUAAAAUUGCCAGACACACAUCUUUGAAGACACGACCACCAAAGAGUUAAUAAAUGAAUAAAAAUGAAUGAAUUA